AUGAUUGCCAAAGACGAUAAAUCCUCACCCUCUUUCAUACCGCUAGCCAGCGUUGCUGAUGACGGCUGGUCCACCGAAAACGAGGCAACAGCGACGUGUCUUUGCGGUACGGUGCAGCUCGCCUUUCCAACUCAAGGACCAGGCCUGGUCGACCGUUUCCUCUGUCACUGCACAGACUGCCGCAAGAUCUCGUCUUCGAUGUUCUGCUCCAAUUUCACUGUGGCGGACGGCCACCUGCGCUACAUUCGUGGCAAAGAGGAUCUCAAAUCUUUCAGUCAGUCGAGGACGAUUGCCACUGGCAAUGAUAUGACCAACUACUUUUGCGGUACGUGUGGCACGCUGCUGUAUCGGGUCAGCUCUGGACUGCCGGAUAUGAGCAUCCUGCGUAUCGGCACGGUCGACGACUUCCGACUUGCCGAGACCAAGUUAAAGCCGCAGGUUGAGCAGUUUGUCGGUACGCGUGUGUCUUGGCUGGCACCGGUUGACGGAGUGAUGCAGAUGGAUAGGAUGCAUACCUUGGAGGAUAUUGAAAGUCUUCAGUAG